AUGGUCCGGGUAAUAGAGUCCAGCGCUAUCGGCAACGUGAGAGACGAGGAAACACCAUUACUGGGAUCUUCACCGAUCAAUCCUCUAAACAAGAAGACUUGGACGCAUCGCCUACAACAUGAAUUGUCCUGUUCAUGGGCAGAUGCGGUGCUUCUUAUCUGCUAUGUUGUGACUGGACUCCUUGAUAGUUCCUCCAUUCAGGUCUGGGGAACCUUUGUUUCUAUGCAGACUGGAAACACAGUCUAUGUCGGCCUCGGCCUUGCAAGUUUCAUGACAUCGACACCCGGCCCUCGUCUUUACAAAUCCGCGCUGUCUAUCGCAUCAUUUUGUCUUGGAUCUUUCCUAUUCGCCCGCUUCCAUCGUCUCUUCUCACCUAGACGCCGUUGGGUACUCUGUGCUUCCUUCACCUUACAGGCCUUACUUACCAGCGCAGCGGCGCUUAUCGUCACGUUUCGCCCACCAAGUCAAAACCCGGAUAGCCUCGCAUGGAACGUGCUGCUGCCGAUAGUGCUCAUGGCCUUUCAGAGCUGCGGACAGGCGGUUGCGAGUCGAGCUUUGAAGCAGAACGCACUCAUCAGUCUUGUCCUCACGAGUGUGUACUGUGACUUGUUCUCAGACAGAGAUCUGUUUGCGCUGGAUAACGUUUCAAGGAAUCAACGUGCAUCUGCUCCUUUGCUGCUUCUUUUUGGUGUGUUUGUAGGUGGCUUGUUUGCGCAAAGCUCUGUCGGCAUCACAGGAGCCUUGUGGAUCGCUGCCGGGUUGAAGCUGUGUAUGGUCAUGGCGUGGUUCGUCUGGCCAUCAGAGGAAGAGUCGGAUGAAGAUUAG